AUGUCUAAAAAGAAACUGAAGAAAUUAACUGGAAAGGAAGACAGUUUGGAUGGCUGGGAUGACAAAAGCACUGAAGACAUAAGAUCUUAUAAUUGUAUUAUGAAAGGAGAGACAGAAUUUCGGAGAUUCAAAACAGAGAAAGAUGGCCAAGAGGAGAAGCAAGACCGAAGUUCUAAUAGUUCUUAUGGCACUGAUGGAAAAUCCCAAGGAAAAUCUUCAAAUAGAAGCAAAACCACAGGCAAUUCUUUAAUCCAAACUGAAAAGCAAAAGAAAGUAGUUAUUGAAUUUAAAGCCAGAGAAAUUAAACAUGGAAAAAGUACACGCACUCCUGAUGUAGUGACUACUACCAAAGAAAGUUACAACAAAAGUCGUUUUGAUGGGACAGAAGGAAAAAGACUCUGGCAUAGCUUUGCGGUGCAAAGGAACAAGGCACUGAAGAAAAAGACAGAGAAAGCUGAACUUUGUAAGCUAAAGUUAAAAGGAGAGCAAACUAUGUUGGAAAAAUUUAAGUCAUCUGUGUAUGAUUCACAUGUACCAUAUAAAAAGGCAAGUGGAAAAAAAUUGAGUGAAGAUGUCAGAAGUCAAAAAAAGCGCUCUGACACCUCUACAGGGACUGUGCAUGAUAAUAGGUCUCUCAUAAAGAAGCCAAAUGUAUUAUCUAGGACUUGCGAAGAAGAGUAUGAAGAUGAAUAUGAAGAGUUUUCUAAGAAAAAUCAGCAUGUGAAUAAACGUACACCCUCAUGCUAUUUGACUGAAAUACUACAAGGAUGGGACUCUUGUAAACAGAAGAAACAGGAUGCUGAUUCUGAUAAAGCUACUGGUAAUACAGGGAAUGAAAAAAGGGACUUCGAAGCCACAGCAUUAUGUUUUAAGCAGAACUUCAUGGUUGGCUGUNNAUCUGACUCCUACCAAGAAGGUGAGGACACAAAGUCCGUCCAAAAGAGCUUUGAAGUCUUUCCACCUCUUCAACACAGUCAGAUCCCUGAAACAGACGAAGAGAUGCAGAUAGUUGAAGAUUUGCAUGUUGCCCGUGUUCAGAAGAGGAUGGUGCUGCCUGUAGUACAGACUUGUGGAGAACUUACGAGUAUGGAAAUAGAUCUUCCAGAGCAGGAUUUAAACAUUUCUGCUGAGGCUUUUACUUCUGGUUUGAACGUACUAGUGGUGAUUGACACAAAUAUAAUGAUUAGUCACCUUGAGUUUGUCAGAUCCCUGAAAUGUGAGGAUAUACCAGGCGUUGGAAGACUUGCAUUAAUAAUUCCCUGGGUUGUUCUGCAAGAGUUGGACAACUUGAAGAAGGGGAGAAUGUUGCAGCAUGUUCGGGACAAAGCUAUCCCUGCAGUCCAGUUCAUCUACAUGUGUCUCAAAAACCAAGAUUCAAAAUUGUGGGGGCAAUCCAUGCAGCUUGCUUCUCAAAAAAUAUAUGGCCUGAGUGAUGAGAACAAUGACGAUCGUGUUUUACAAUGUUGUCUGCAGUAUCAGAACCUCUUUCCUCAAGCUGUUGUCAUACUCUGCACGGAUGAUAAAAAUUUAUGUAAUAAAGCCACUGUGAGUGAGGUCAAGGCAUUCUGCAAAGCUGAUUUGGUUACUGCUCUACAGAAUCUGAAUGUAAACAUGCAGCAGAACUGUAUUGAGUUACAACAGUCAAAAUGUGAUACAGAACUCAAGAAAACAGCAAGAGGUGAUUCUAGUCUUACUGCACGAUGCCCAGAUAUACUUCCAGACCUUGAAAAGAACUUAGGAGAAGCUUUAUCUUGUAUUCUGGAGACUGAAAUGAAAAUUGCGUUUGGAAACCUAUGGAUGGAGAUACUGUAUCUGAAGCCACCAUGGACAUUAGCAAACUUGCUGAAGUGUUACAGAAAACACUGGGUGGCUGUUUUUGGCUAUAUUGUGCCAAGGAGUUUACUUUCAACCAUUGAAUGUCUCUAUAGAUACCUUUGUACAG